GCAAUACGACGUGCUGUUAUUUCAGUUUGUCAAUAGAAAUGAUAUCGGUUCUGUUGCUCCUCUGGUGUGUUACUCAUGGGAACUGUUACAACGAUUUUCCAUCUUUGAUUGCCAAGAACGCCACUAUGGCGGUCAUCAUCGACAAAAGCCUCUUUGCUACCAAAGACGAGUACCGAAAUGUCACAGGGAUGAUGCACAAUUUAAUCGCAGACAUCGUGAGAAAGGAGAUGCAGAUAGGUGGCAUAGUUGUUCAUAUUUUUCGCGAUACGAAUGUCAAUCUACGGCAAGACUACACAAUCCUUCUAUCUGUCGCCACUUGCUAUUUAACAUGGCAUCUGCACGAGGAUGCACGAAAGGAAGAAUUGAUACAUUUUGCUAUAACAGAUCCAGAUUGUCCCCGAAUCCCAGACACGGAUGGCAUGAGCAUGCCACUGAUCGUGCCAGGAAACGAAUUGUCACAGAUUUUUCUCGACUUAAGGAUGAUGAAAAUUCUAACCUGGAACAUGAUAAAUAUCCUCCACGACGACACGUUCGACAGAGACACGAUCAGCAGAGUAAUGAAAGCCAUCUCGGACAGGCUACCGAACAAACAAUUGAACAUAAUCUCCAGGUCGAUUUUCACGCUGAAACACGAUGCUACGAAGAGCGAGAGAAGAAAUUCGGUGAAGAAGGUAUUGGACGAUUUCCACGUGGAACAACUAGGACAUUGUUUCUUGGUUAUUGCUACUAUCGAUAUGGUUGCUGACGUGAUGAGUGUGGCGAGAUCCUUGAAGAUGGUCCGUCCAGACAGUCAGUGGUUGUAUGUGAUCACCGACAGCGCGAUGCAGAAUCGGACUAACAUGACAGCAUACGUUGAUUUAUUGGCAGAAGGAGGAAACGUAGCCUUCAUGUACAACGUGACUAAUUCCAGCGAUUAUUGCAAAGUUGACUUGAUGUGUUACGUGCAGGAAUUGAUCCAAGCACUGGCAAAAGCUCUGGAAUACUCCUUAGAGAACGAGAUCAAUCUGUUCAAGAGGAUCGAAGAGGAGAACUUCCAGAUGAUCAGGCUGACGAAGCGCGAGAGGCGAACCGAACUCCUGAAGAACGUGAGAAUACUCCUCUCUCAAAAAAUGUUGGCUUCAAAAGGUAUCUGCGCGCGAUGCUUGUUAUGGAGAUUCUCCUCGUCUAUAACUUGGGGAAAUUUCUUUUCUCAUGGUAAAAAUGUGGCACACCUGUUAGAUAUAGGCGUAUGGACACCUGAUUUUGGCGUGAAUCUGACCGACAUGAUUUUCCCUCAUAUCGCGCAUGGAUUCAGGGGCAUUAAUUUACCAAUCGCGAGUUAUCACAAUCCACCGUGGCAGAUAAUUUCCCUGAGUAAAACAGGACAAAAAGUGUAUGAAGGAUUGGUAUUCGACGCUAUCAACUACCUAAGCUCGAAAUUGAACUUCUCUUACGCGGUGAUUACGCCGGAAGUGACUCGAAGUAUAAACUCUUGGAAUACUUCUCGGUUCGCCAAGCUUGGCGAGAAAAUUAAUGAAAUGACCAUGUCGGCUACGAGGAGAGUGCCGAAGGAAGUGAUCGAUUUGGUACGAGAGAAGAAGGUUCUUCUAGCUGCUUGCGCGGUCACCGUAAACGAACAGGAGAAAGGCACAGUUAAUUUUACUGUACCCAUUUUCGUACAGAUAUAUAGUUUUCUAACUUCCAGGCCCAGACAAUUAUCUAGAGCUCUUUUGUUUGCCUCACCAUUUACCGAAGAGACGUGGGCCUGUCUGGCCGCAUCCAUUAUCAUAAUGGGUCCGAUCUUGUACCUGGUUCACAAGUACAGCCCGUACAGCAUCAGGACCUCGGGCCUCAACUCCUCGUGGCAGUGUGUGUGGUACGUGUACGGUGCGCUUCUUCAACAAGGAGGAAUGUAUCUGCCGCACUGUGACAGCGCUCGUUUGCUGAUCGGUAUCUGGUGGUUGAUCGUGAUGGUCCUGGUAGCGACUUACUCCGGAAGUCUGGUCGCCUUUCUCACUUUUCCACGAAUAGACACGGUCCUAACCGUGGAUGAUCUGAUCGCGCGUAAAGACAGGAUCACUUGGGGCUUUCCGAACGGUAGUUUUCUCGAGACGUAUCUGCAGAACGCCGAGGAGCCUAAGUACCAUAUUUUACUGUCGCGCGCCAGGAGACACAACGACACGGAGGAUGAGAAACUGCUGGAACGUAUAAAGGAAGGGAAGCAUGCUCUGAUCGACUGGAGGAGUUCCCUCAGGUUCUUGAUGAGGAAGGAUUUGUUGCUGACCGGAGGCUGCCAUUUUUCUCUGAGUACAGACGAGUUUCUCGACGAGCCUAUUGCCAUGAUCAUUCCACACGACAGCCCUUAUUUACCUGUCAUUAAUGCGGAGUUGCAUCGAAUGCUGGAGUCUGGAAUGAUGAACAAAUGGAUCUCCGAGAGGAUGCCGAUGAAAGACAAGUGCUGGGAAGUGCCAGGAAGCAAUCAGGCGGUGAACAAACGAAAAGUGAACGUUGCCGAUAUGCAAGGAAUAUUUUUCGUAUUGUUCAUGGGCGUCACGUUGGGUUUCCUCUUUCUCUUCUGCGAGUGUUAUUGUCACAGACGCAAGAUUGCCAAGGAACGGAAAUUGAUACGUCCCUUCGUUUCGUAAAUCUUACGCAAGACAUCUUAUGCAUACGUAUCAGGAUGAAACGAAAUACAGGGACAAAAUUGAAAAUUCGACCAGAAAUGGUCUUUGCUUAAGAAUCUGGAAGAGCAAAGGCAAGUUUUGUUCGUUGUUAAAAAAAUAGCAAUACAAUUUAUAUUUUUUCGUUCCACCCUAACGUGUCGUACAAUAUAGUUAUCACAAAUUUUUUCUUCUCUAUUCAUCAGUAUUUUAACACAGACUACACACGAUUUCUCUUUGAAAAAAGAAAAAAAAGAAGAAAUCCACGCAACGUACGUGUAACCGUUCUUUCUAUAUUUUUCUAUUCAUAAUUAUCACUUAAUCCUUUCUCUUCGUUGAAUCGACAAAAAAGCACGCUUGGUACCAGCCGACGUAACCGGAACAACACCUAAAAGUCUUCGCUCGAUCUAAGCUGGCGAUUUUUUCGAAUUUUUUUUUUUUUUUGUCGAACGAAAAGGAAUCACAAACGUGAAAGAGAAUCGAGAAAUGUCCAAAUGCUGGUCCAUUUCUACCGACAAUUCGCGUGGCCGAGCGGGCGCGAAAUGAUUCUCGCCAAUGAAAUAGCGAGCAAUGGCCCGCGGACAUUCGCAAGCCAUUACAAUUACCAUCACGAACGUCUAAUUUGCGGGUAAUGGUCGGCACCGGAUAUUGCGUGGAUAUCCACGCAACGUUCGAAGUCGAAAACGUUCGGCUCUUUCCAUGAUUGGCGUUUAAGGCAUCCUUUUUCAUCGUUCGUUGCACGAGAACCGUUUCGUGGAGCAUACUAUCCGAGGGAAGAUUAAUCUGAGAAAAAUAAUAACUGGUAACGGUGAUUCUAUUCUGCACUGUAUAACCAAUAAAAAUUCGUUUAGAAUUAGUAAUCAGAGAGAGAGAGAGAGAGAAAGCAUUCGUUUACUCGUAUGGUAAAAAUUUCUGCUUGAAAUUACGUAAGAAGACGAAAAUGAAACGGAAAUUUGUCGUCUAAAAUCAAGAAGAUGGACACGGUUACUGUUUGUGCGGAUAUUUCGACGAUUCGUUCAUUGUUUCGUUGAGUCGUUAAUUUUACUUGGAAGACUUCGCGCCUAACAAGGUUUAUUGCAUUGUGAACAGUAACAACCGCAGCAUUGAGCAAGACUUAUGACGCGUAUGAUUCAGUUGUUCCCUAUUACGUUACGCUGGAAGUUGCCACAACUAGUUACUUUAUUAAGAUCAUACUCGAAGAAGAAUGGAAGUUGCAAGUGUGCGAACGCGGGAAUGAAGAAAGGUCAGGUUCUAUGUGUUACACGUCUUCGAGUAUGUUUGUUCGUGAUCUUUGGUAAUCUUCGUAGAUGGUUAUUUUUAUAAAUUUUUUAAAUGAAUUUUUCUUUAUUUAGAGACGAGUAAACAUUGUCACAAUUUCCACUCUUAGGUACCUCGGAACUUUACCAGAAAAUUUAAUAUAUUUCUACUAUAUUUUAUUAUAAAGUAAAGAUUGUUUACCAUUUAUGAUUUUGACAAGAAGAAUAGAGAUUGUUACAAAUAAGUUGCGUGGUAAUGCUGUAAUAUCACAAUAAAAUUUCACAG